GUCAGUAAGACGCUGACUGAAAAACGGGGAGCUGGACGCAGACACUCAGCAUCUGUACCAAACGAUGAAGAUUUUGCCGGAUUCUACUGAUUUUGCUUAGAAAUAAAGAAAAAGAGAACCGGCGGCCAUCAUGUAUGGUUUUGUGAAUCACGCCCUGGAGCUUCUCGUUUUGAGGAAUUACGGUCCGGAAGUGUGGGAAGACAUCAAGAGGGAGGCUCAGCUUGAUAUUGAGGGCCAGUUCCUCGUUAGAAUCAUAUAUGAGGAUGCCAAAACAUAUGAUCUUGUUGCGGCUGCAAGCAAAGUUCUCAAAGUUGAUGCAGGAGAGAUCUUGCAGAUGUUUGGCAAGAUGUUUUUUGAAUUUUGCCAGGAGUCAGGAUAUGACACCAUCUUGCGCGUGCUGGGUUCAAAUGUUCGUGAAUUCCUGCAGAAUUUGGAUGCUCUCCAUGAUCACCUGGGCACCAUUUAUCCCGGGAUGAGGGCUCCCUCAUUUCGCUGCACCGAUGCAGAAAAAGGAAACAACCUGAUUCUUCACUAUUACUCAGAGAGAGAAGGCCUGCAAGACAUUGUGAUUGGCAUCAUUAAAACUGUUGCUCAGCAAAUCCAUGGAACAGAGAUAGAGAUGAAGAUGAUCCAACCGAAAAAUGAGGAGUGUGACCACAUCAAAUUUCUGAUUGAGGAGAAGGAGUCAGAGGAGGAGGCGUUCUACGAAGAUCUCGAUGGCUUUGAAGAGAACGGCACACAGGAGACUCGAAUCAGCCCAUAUACAUUUUGCAAGGCCUUCCCAUUCCACCUCAUGUUUGACAAGGACCUGAUGCUCACACAGUGCGGAAAUGCCAUUUACCGAGUCCUGCCACAGCUCCAGCCGGGCACCUGUAUCCUUCCUUCUGUGUUUUCUUUGGUACGUCCUCACAUUGACUUCAGCUUCCAUGGCAUCCUUUCCCACAUCAACACUGUCUUCGUUCUGCGUAGCAAGGAGGGCCUGCUGAAUGUGGAGACUGUAGAGAAUGAGGACGAGCUGACGGGGGUGGAGAUCAGCUGUCUGAGACUGAAAGGACAGAUGAUUUAUUUGCCAGAGGCUGAGAACAUCCUUUUUCUUUGCUCACCCAGUGUUAUGAACUUGGACGAUCUUACACGGAGAGGGCUCUACCUAAGUGACAUCCCACUACAUGAUGCGACACGUGACCUGGUGCUGCUGGGCGAACAGUUUCGCGAGGAGUACAAGCUGACCCAGGAGCUGGAAAUCUUGACAGAUCGCCUCCAGCACACACUCCGAGCUUUGGAGGAUGAAAAAAAAAAGACAGACAGAUUGCUCUAUUCUGUCCUGCCGCCGUCUGUUGCCAACGAGCUGCGACACAAACGCCCGGUGCCUGCAAAGCGCUAUGACAACGUGACCAUCCUCUUCAGUGGCAUUGUCGGUUUCAAUGCAUUCUGCAGCAAGCACGCCUCGGCCGAAGGGGCCAUCAAGAUCGUCAACCUGCUCAAUGAUGUUUACACACGUUUUGACAUCUUGACAGACUCUCGGAAGAAUCCUUAUGUAUACAAGGUGGAAACAGUCGGUGAUAAGUACAUGACGGUUAGUGGCCUGCCAGAGCCGUGCACACACCACGCAAAGUCGAUCUGCCACCUUGCUCUUGACAUGAUGGAGAUUGCUGGACAAGUAAAAGUGGAUGAUGAACCAGUGCAGAUUACUAUUGGGAUCCACACAGGAGAGGUGGUGACUGGGGUCAUUGGCCAGAGGAUGCCCAGAUAUUGCCUUUUUGGAAAUACGGUCAACCUCACAAGUCGUACAGAGACAACUGGUGAAAAGGGAAAAAUUAAUGUCUCUGAAUAUACAUACCGGUGUUUGCAGUCUGCUGAGAAUGCCGACCCUCAGUUUCAUUUGGAGUAUCGGGGCCCGGUCACCAUGAAAGGAAAGAAGGAGCCGAUGAAGGUGUGGUUUCUUUCCAGGAAGCCCACCGACACAGAGCCCACCACAGCUAAAGCUUAAGGAUCGUCCAGUGUGGCAUUAGUGUGGUUAUGUCUCGUGACAUUUUGAGACAGGGAUGAGAUGGAUCAGGUGACACAUAUGCAGAUAUUUUUAUUAUGAUGAAACACAGUUGUGUAUUUUUGAACCCCGGCUCUCUCUACAUGCCCAUGAUCUGCCAUUAUUUCACUACAUUUUGUAACUGUGCAGCAUUUCAUCAACAGCUUAGUGAUACAGUAUUUGGUGCAGUCAAGUUUCAUACAUUUGAUACAUACAAAGUAUUGUGUUAGACUGUACACUGAAGGUUUUAAUAAGCAAAACAAUUUACAUCUAUUGUAAUUUCUUUUAGUUGCCAUUUUUGCCUGGUGUGUUUGUGUAGUCUGAAGCGUGCCAAAAAAAAAGAGAAAAUUUAUAGUUUUAACUAGCCAGAAAUAAAUAAUUUCACUCAAAAAUUUUAAAUGCACUUGAAUUUAUCAUCAGUAUAUUAACUUUUAACAGUGAUAAUGACAAUUUUUAAACUUAGAGUCCAGUUUGACUAAUUAGUGUAAUGAAAAUGAUAUAGCUUGGUAUACAUUGAUAUCAUGUUUGUAUCCGUUGCGUGACUGCCCUUUUUGUGCUCCACAUUAUUGCUCACUGAAUGUGAGAAUUUAGGUUUACACUGAAUAUAUUACACUGGUUUCA